ACCGCCCUCCGAAGUGGUUUGUGACUCCUGAUCCUGAUAUGCGAAGCGUGGCUGCUCCGGAUCGGAACCAUCACCACUACGUGGAUCUCCUCCAGUGGUUUUUGGCUCGGGAGGACAACUACAAACUGCCGUCCAACUGGCUCCCGAACCUCAACUAUAUCUUGCGGGAGGACAUUCUUGCUGUUGCCGGUCUCAGUAGGAUUUUUGACAGGGGUAGGUGUCUUUCGGCUGGGACCGUGCUUUAGUAAGUUUGUCCUCCUCCUUUUUGUCUCGUUUUAUUGACUUUGCUUUGUGCUUUGUUUCUGCAGAGUACGGCUUUAGCUGCGUUGAUCCUGUGGUCUUGGGCAUUUCUUUGGAUCUGAAGACCAUUCACGACUCGGCCCCUGAUUACAAGUUCGGGAAGGAGAAUCCUCGUAAUCCUCGCUUGAAGGAUUACGUGCUGUCUCCGUCGGGUGUCGCUCGGAUAUCUGAAGUUCGAGCUGAUCCGUGGGAUUCUGCCUCUUCUCCCGAAGCUGUUCCAGUGAAAGUCGUGCUCCCUGAUUUGAGGACGACCUCGGAUCCGGAUCAGCGCAAAAGGAAGGGCAGCACUCUUUUGAGGCCUUCUGCGCAUCCGAAGAAAGCGAAAGCUUCUCAGUCUUCGGAGAAGGAAGAAGUUUCGGAAGUCAUGCCUCCUCCCAAAAAUCUCCUUCACUUCAUGCCCUUGCCAGGGCAGAAGUUGAAGAGUGUGGUGGUUGCGGAACCGCCGCCCGUGGACCAACCGUUGGCCGAGGAAGAUACCAUCCCCUCUCCGCUGAAGCCGUCUGCUGCUUUGGGGAUCGAGAUCCAGGAUAUAACCAAGGUGAUGGAGGCAAUUGAAGCCGACCUUGUUCCUGGCUCGGAUGUCCCUACUGUGGCCGAGCGGAAGGAAGAAUCUGCUGACGUUUCUCUCGAAAGGGAGAGAAGUCCAGAUAAGGAGAUGGUGGAUCUCACCGAGGCUCACAUGGAGGUUCCCGAAGCUGAGAAGGAGGUCCCUUCUGCUGAGGAGGAGCAACCCGAGCAGGGUCUGACGAGGAAGAGGCGCCACUCGACCUUGGGCUCUACUUCGACCUCGGCCCUGGAUAGACUGAUCCACGCUGACCCUUGCUCGGAUGUUCCGCUGAAACGGAUCCCCGAGGAGGUAAGGGAGGCGAUGGCUCGCUAUGCUAGGGCUCCGGUUUUGGGGGAGAACCCCAUGGCUCACGUGGGAUCUUUGGUGGGUCCCGAAGCUGCACGGGAGAAUCUUCUUCGGGCCAACCCGCAGUGGAGGGUUCCUGGAGCUGAGGAGAGGAACCCAGCUAUGAUGGCUCAGUAUUAUCUGAAUGAGGCUGUUUUCUGGUCCUCGUUCGCUUCCGAGUGUAGCUCGGUUGAGGAGAGGCAAUUGAGGAGGUAUCAGGAGGCUUAUGCUCGUGAUAUCCCUGUCUUGGACCAGAAGGCCGGGCAGCUCAUGGCCGAGAUGGUGGACCUCAAGCUACUGUACCUUCAGUACAGUCGUGAGGCUAGGGAAUCGGCUGAGCAGAUCGGGGCCGAAGUUGGGAAGCUUACUUUCCGAGUCGAGGAGGAUGCUGAAAAGAUAGCUUCCUUCGACAAGGAGAGGAAAGAAAUGGCUGCCAAGUUUGCGAGCGAACUUGAAGAAAAAGACAGUCUUCUCAAGGAGAUGACUUCUAAAUUUGAGGCGGCCAUUAAGCAGAGCCAGGAAGCGGAGGCGAGGCUUCAGCAGUUUGUCAAGCAUCGGGAGAUUGUUCAGAACCAAGCUGACAAGGUGCCCGUUCUCCAGCUGAAGAUCCGAGAGAAGGAUGCUGCCAUUCGGAAACUGGAGCAAGAGAGAGUUGACCUCUACACUGCUGAUCAGUGUAGGGAGCAAUACUGGAAUGGCAUCCUGGGCGCUCGGCGGAUGUUCGCGAAGCAUAUGCCUCAUUUCCCUUGGAAUGAGAAGGUUCCGCUCUGGAUGAGGGCCCAGGAUCACUUGGUGGAGUGCCAGGCCGAUCGAGACGAAGCUGAAGCUGAGCGCCAAGCUGCUCUUGCAGAGGCUCGGGCCCAGAAGGCGACUUCCGAAGGUGAUACUACUGCUGGGGGUUCUUCGAAGGAUGCUCCCCUGGGGGAUGCUCCUGAGACUCCCAAGAGUUAGGGAUUCGGGCAGUCGUCUUCUUCAGAGUCGGUCGGUUCCAGUUGAGGACUUCCGAACAUGUGCUUGCCUUUCCC